GAGUGCCUGUUGAUGUUCCGGUUGGUUUGCCAUUGCUACUUCUACAAAGUGCUGAGCAUCACCAGUUUUGUGGCUGUAAGCCCUGGUCAGCUUAAAGGCAGGCCAACAUGUCCGGUCAACGUGUGAAGAGGAAGGCGCCGGAGCCUCCUCCUGUCGAACAGCCAACUACAGAAGAGUAUGCCAUCGCCAGCUACCUGCGGGAGCACGUGCCGCCCAAGAAGACCAAGUUCCUGCAUCACGCGGUGGAGUACUUCACGGCGGCGCGCGCCGUCGAUGCUCUGCUGGACUCGCCGUGGGCGUCCGGCGCCGACAACAAGCCCUUGCUCUUCACCGACAGGGACUCUGUCACUGCCUAUCUGGAUGGGAUGCUUCGUCACAAGUUUUUCCAUCGGGCCAAAAAGAUUGCGAUCAGCGAUAGGGAUUUGCGAAGGAAACAGCUUAAGAAGCUGAAGAAAAAAGAAGAAGAAGAGAAAAAGAAGGUGACCGAGAAGGAAGACGAAAGUGGGUCUGAAGAGGAUGAGGGGAAGACAGAUGACAAAGGCAAUGCGGAAGAAACAGGAGGCGAGAGGAGCGUUGGGGAGGGCGAAGCCUCACCCAAGGCGGCUUCUAGGAAGGACGGCGCGGACAAGCCCAAACGGCGGAUCAAACUGGACAUGCACCUGGAGCAGGUGUUUGUAGACGGCUUGGACGCCUAUGUCUGGAUCUAUGACCCGAUCCCGCGCCACUACUGGCUGCUGGGCGCUCUCCUGGUCGGCGCCAUCGUGGCUGUUUGCCUGUUCCCGCUUUGGCCCAGCAAGCUCAGGGAGGGCGUGUAUUACUUGUCGCUGGCGGCUGCUGGCUUCCUGGCGGUGAUCCUGGUGCUGACCGUGGUGCGGGCCGUGGUGUUCGUGCUGCUCUGGCUGGCGACCUGGGGCCGGCACCAGCUCUGGCUCCUGCCCAACCUGACUGCUGACGUCGGAUUCUUCGCCUCCUUCUGGCCGCUCUACGAGUAUGAGUACAAAGGCAAGAAGGAAAAAUCAACCGACAAGAAAAAGCGGAAAACGAAGAAAAGGGACCAAGAAUCCGACAAUGAGGGCGAUCUCGAAGCGGACCGGGCGGAGGAGCCGGCGGCCGAGGCGGCGCCUGAGCACCCUGAACCCAGCGGGACCGGCGAGAGAGAUGAUCAAGAAGGAGAACGCGAUACGCCGCCAGCCGAUGAAGACUCUGGGUCAGAGCGUGACGAGUAAUGCGACGGGUGGCUAAUGCUACGCUGCGGUGUCCAGAUGGAUGGGUGCGUGCAAGCUGCCGCUGACGUGGUGACCACCUGGUGGGCGCGGCUCGAAUUGCAGGUGUCUUCCCUGCUCCAGGGUACCAGCGCGUGACUUCACAUGUUCAUGUGCCCUGGCGGCUUGCACGGCACUUAAUAUUUUUAUACGUUGUGUUUUUGGUAAGGUUGUUGGUAAUGCGGCGUUGGUCGUUUUGAUACAGUCGCCUCAAAGGCGCGGCUUUUUGUGGCAUUGUCUGUUGAUGUCGGCUGAAGGAAGGUCUGCUUCUGUCCUCCGUCCAUUUUGUAUCGGCAGCGGCAUUUAUAACAUGGCAUUUUGUUGAAUAAACGCUCGC